AUGCAGCCGUACGCAAAGGAUGGGUUCGAGGGCGUCAUCGCGAGUGAUCAACUGGAUGAGUUGGAACCCAAACAGCGCAUGUCGUUCAUCAUGAACCUGGACAAGAGCAACCAGCCGGGCAGUCAUUGGGUUGCCUGCAACAUCGAUGCCAAGGGCGACAAGUCGAUCGAGUACUAUGACUCGUUUGGUGAUGAUCCCAGCACUGACUUCCUAAGGAGGAUGAAGGAGUUGGUUAGAGAGAUCGACCCAGACGUCUAUCUCAAGUUCAAGGUCAACCGAGUGAUCGACCAGGCCACCAACACCGACACGUGCGGGUAUCAUGCCAUGCGCUUCCUGUUGAACAGAUAUCGAGGCGUGCCGUUCAAAGAGGCGACUGGCUACAGUGAUGUGAGGAGGGAGGAGAAGAAGGCGAGAGAGAUGAAGGAGAGAUACAAGAAGUUUGGUUACUUGUGA